CUAAAAGCAAAGGUCCAUGUUGGCCUGAGGACAGAUAUAUUCCCCUGUGCUGCUACAUUAACAAUCCUUCACCUCUUCCAAUGAUGGCAACCUUAACGAACUUCAAUCAUGCCAAAAUCACUGCACCAAAACAUCAGCAGCACCAUCGCCGCUUGCAUACCCCAACCAUAAUCCAAGCUACAUUUUCUGGAGAAGAAAACACGACACAAAAACGACGGAAGUUCUUGACAUCAUUGGUGGCGACAUCAAUUGCUAUAGGUGGACUAAAUAGUGUAGCAACUCCAGUAGCACAGGCUGAGAAUUGGGGCACAAGGUCAUUCCUAAAGGAACACUUUUUCGAGCCAGGGCUAUCACCGGAGGAUGCAGUUGCUAGAAUUCGACAGACUGCUCAAGGACUGCAUAGUAUUAGGAACAUGUUGGAAACCUUGUCAUGGAGGUAUGUGUUGUUUUACAUUAGGCUAAAAGCUGCUUAUCUUUCCCAGGACAUGACCAAUGCAAUGACUAUGGUGCCACAAAAUCUAAGAAGUUCUUAUGUUAAAACAGCUAAUGAAUUGGUGGAUAACAUGUCUGAGUUUGAUAAAUAUGUUAGGACACCAAAGAUAUACGAAUCGUAUUUAUAUUAUGAGAAGACAUUGAAGUCGAUUGAUGAACUUGUGGCACUACUAGCAUAACAUAUUUGCAGCUCAAAGUCCUGGUAAGAACAUAGAGAUUUUGAAAUUCUUGAUCUACAUGUCUGGCGAAUUUAUGAGAUCCAAUUGGUUAACAAAGCAUGUUGUGUAGUUAAGCUAUUAAAGAAACGCAGCUAUUAUGGCUAUCAGAUAUUCCAUGUUCAGUUCAAGGCUUGAGAUUGUGAUUAUUAGAAUGAACAUAUCAUUGUUUGGUCUGAUUAAUUUUUUCAAAUACUAGUUCCGAGUUACAUACAGA